AAAUGUGGUAAACACAUGCUGUUAUCUCUUAUUUUAAUUGUGAUUUGUAAUAUUAUGAGUAUAGCGUAAUAGCAAAAUGGGGAAGAAAACGAAAGUAGGAAAACAGCGAAAAGAUAAAUAUUAUCAGCUCGCUAAAGAAACAGGUUAUCGUUCCAGAGCUGCAUUUAAAUUAAUACAGUUGAAUAGAAAGUUUGGGUUUUUGCAAAGAUCUCGAGUAUGCAUAGAUUUGUGCGCAGCGCCAGGAGGAUGGAUGCAAGUGGCUCAUCAGAACAUGCCAGUGUCAAGUGUGGUGAUAGGUGUCGAUCUGUUCCCUAUCAAGCCCGUGCCUGGCUGUAUCAGUUUGACGGAGGAUAUUACCACUGAGAAGUGUAAAUCAGCCAUUAAGAAAGAAAUUAAAACAUGGAAAGCUGAUGUUGUCCUAAACGAUGGUGCCCCAAAUGUUGGUUUGAAUUGGCUUCAUGAUGCGUACCAACAAACAUGCCUAACAUUGAGUGCAAUGAAACUAGCCACAAACUUCUUGAGGGAAGGUGGCUGGUUUAUCACUAAAGUUUUCAGAUCCAAAGACUACCAUGCUUUAUUGUGGGUGUUUAAACAAUUUUUUAAGAAAGUUCAUGCUACCAAGCCUCAGGCGUCUCGUAAUGAAUCUUCAGAGAUAUUUGUUGUCUGCCAAGGCUACAUUGCUCCUGAUACUGUAGACCCAAAGUUCUUUGACCCUAAAUAUGUGUUUGAAGAUUUAGAGAUUGUAAAAAAACAACACACAAACUUAUUGCACCCGGAAAAGCAGAAGAAAGCUAAAGCUGAAGGGUAUAAAGAAAAUGAUUAUACUACUUUUCAUCCUGUGCCAGUUUCUGACUUUAUGGGGAAAGAGGACCACAUUGAUUUAUUGCAGGGUUGCUCUCAGAUUAUGUUAGAUGACAAGUCAAUACUGCAGCAUGCCAAGACAACACAGGAAAUAAAAGAAUGCUGCAAGGACAUCAAGGUGUUGGGUAGGAAGGACCUGAAGAUAUUGCUUCACUGGCUGAAGCAGAUGAAAGAAUUCAAGGCAUCACUGGAGCCGAAGCUUGAGGUAGAGCCAAAUGCAGCUGAAGGGGAUUGCAAGGAAGAUGUCCCUGCUGAUGAGAACGCAGAAGUUGAUGAACAAAUUGCUGGGCUUCAGGAUGAAGAGCGUCGUGCAUCAAAGCGUAAGAGGAAACAGUUGAAUAAGCAAAGACAGAAGUUGGCGGAAAAAAUGAACUUGAAGAUGGUACUAAAAGGAGAUGAUGGACCCACAGAGGAGAGCCAUGACCUGUUCAGAUUAUCUGAUAUUAAAAAUGCUGAGCAACUUACAAAAAUAAUAGAUCAGCAACCAGACAUAGUGGCUGAAGAGAGUGACGAAUCUGAUGAUGAAUUGAAAAUUAAACCCAAGUACAUGAAGUAUGAUGUAGAAUCUUCAAAACUGGAUUCUUCAGGCUUGUAUUAUAAGGACUCUGAUAGUGAAUUAGAAAUGGAGUCGGAUUCUGAAAGUGAACAAGACAAGGAAACACUAGCAUUCUCAGAUUCUGACGACGAAAAGAAAUCCCGCAAGAAAUUGGCUAAACUUACAAAACUAAAUACCUUGGUUAAUAGUAAAUCGACGAAAGCACCCACAAUCCCGAAAAACAACCCGUUGCUAACUGAUUUGGACAAUACUGAUCCAUUAACAAAGAGAGAGAUGAAAGCAGAGCUUUGGUUUCAAAAAGAUUCAUUUAGGGAUCUUGAUGAAGAUGAAGACGAGAAAGUCGAUUUGGACAAAAUGGCUACGAUCUUUAAAGAGAAAGGAAAGAAAGUCAAAGAGGACAUAGAAAUGAUAACAAAAUCAAAUCGUCAUGGUGCAAAGCGCAAACUAUCUCACUCUGAGAGCUCUGAUGACUCAGAUAGUGAUUAUGAUGUUGAAGAAUCAAUCAGUAAUGACGCCAAGGCGGGCGCUAAAGGCAAAAAGGAUGCCUUUGAUGUUGUGCCACAAGAUCCAGAGUUAAAACGUUUGAAAAAGACACUAAAAAUGGAUGCGGAAGCGCUAGCUCUCGGUACAAUGAUAGCCACGUCGAAGAAGUUCAAACGUGACCUGAUCGACGACGCGUGGAAUCGAUAUGCGUUCAACGACAAAAAUCUGCCCGAUUGGUUCACGGAAGAUGAGAAGAAACAUAUGAAGAAACCUGUACUGAUACCUGAGCAAUACAAAGAAGAUUACAAUAGCAGACUUCAAGAUAUAAAUGCGCGACCGAUCAAGAAAGUAGUUGAAGCGAAAGCGAGAAAGAAGAAGCGCAUGAUAAAGAAAAUGGAACGAGCUAAGAAGAAGGUUGAGGCCGUCAUGGAAAACGCAGACAUGUCGGAAAGAGAAAAGGCUCAACAAGUCAGGCAGUUGUACAAAAAGGCGCAGGCAGGAGAUAAGAAAAAAGUUACGUAUGUAGUGGCCAAAAAACACACAUCAGCGAAACGUAUGAAGCGGCCCACAGGAGUUAAAGGACGUUACAAGGUAGUCGACCCGAGAAUGAAAAAGGAUCUCCGCGCACAAAAGGCUAAAGAAAAAACAAAAGGUCGCAGCAAAAAAGCGCAAAAAGGUCCCAAAAAGAAUAAACCACUCAAAAAGAAAGGAGGGAAAACAAAGUAGU